CACACACUUACACACUACCCGUUUUAGCUAUUACCUAGCAAAGCUAAUCUAUCCCUCCACGAGCUGACCACGUAUCCUGGUCAUUUAAACGGCUGAAGAAGCGGUUUGCAGCGAAUCACCGCGCUUUCAUGUCUCGUUUGUUCCUGGCGCUGUCACCCUCUGUCACCAGUACUGUCCCCCGCCACACAGCCAGGUAAACACCGGCCAGCCCCAUGAAGACACCGCCACUGUCCCCUCACACAUGGAGGCCAGUUGAAUAACACAGAGGAGCCGCGUGGAGCCCCGAGGCACCAUGUAUCUCUUAGCACCUGCUCCAGUGGUAGCCCUCAUCCACUGACCUCACCUCCUCCCCAUCUCUUCCUCCACCUUUCCCUGUCUCAUCUAACCCUCUUCCUCCACACCCCAUCCUUUACUACCUCACGUCUCCGCCCCUCCUACAUCAUGGCAGGGGAGAAAGGGCCGACUAAGCGAAGUGCCAUGGACAUCAAGCGCCUGGCGAGCCUCAUCCAGAGAGGAACGGGCCGUUUGCUGGUGAUUGACAGCAGGACAUUUUCUGAGUACAAUGCGUCGCAUGUGCAAGGUGCGGUCAACGUCUGCUGCUCCAAGCUGGUGAAGAGGCGACUGCAGCAGGACAAGGUGUCUGUCACUGAGCUACUGCAACCAAACGGCAAGGUCAAGGUGGAGCUGGGCAGGAAGCAGGAAGUGGUGGUUUAUGACCAGAGUUCCAAAGAAGCGGGGCAUCUGUCCAAAGACGGCUUUGUGCACAUUCUCAUGGGAAAGUUGGAGGGCACCUUCCACAAAGUUUCCCUGCUCACUGGAGGUUUUGCUGCUUUCUCCUCCUGUUUCCCCGGCCUGUGUGAAGGGAAACCUACCACUGCUCUACCUAUGAGCUUGUCCCAGCCCUGCUUACCUGUGGCUAAUGUAGGGCCCACUCGCAUCCUGCCACACCUCUACCUGGGCUCACAGAAGGACGUCCUCAACAAGGAUCUGAUGGCUCAGAAUGGUAUCACCUAUGUGCUGAAUGCCAGCAACACCUGCCCUAAGCCAGACUUUAUCAGCGAGAGCCACUUUAUGCGCAUCCCAGUUAACGACAACUACUGCGAGAAAUUGCUUCCCUGGUUGGACAAAACUAAUGAAUUCAUAGACAAAGCUAAGGUGUCAAACUGCAGAGUCAUCGUGCACUGCCUGGCUGGAAUCUCGCGUUCAGCAACCAUCGCCAUUGCAUACAUCAUGAAGACAAUGGGCUUGUCAUCAGAUGAUGCCUACAGGUUUGUAAAGGACCGAAGACCGUCCAUAUCCCCCAACUUCAACUUCCUGGGUCAGCUUCUGGAGUUUGAGAAGGGCCUGAGAUUAUUGCAAGCUUUAACUUCAACCUCUGAUGACAAGAUCUCUGAAAACAACACUAAGCAAAGCUCAGACAUUAAUGGAGUCAGCACAGGUUUUGAGAUGAACGGUCACCGCAGCAACUAUGACUCAUCUGUGGCAGAGCCACACAUCACACCAGAACCCAAGCUGCCGUCACCCACCUCCCUCCAGCAAGGCUUCAACGGCCUACACCUCUCCGCAGAGAGGAUCAUGGACACUAACCGGCUUAAACGCUCCUUCUCCCUGGACAUUAAGUCUGUCUACUCUCCUAACAGUCCCCACUGCCCCGGCCUGGCACCCACACACUCUGAAGACGUCCCCAAGCUGUGCAAGCUUGACAGCCCUGGAAGAGGCACCUCCAAUGGUGUCUGCUCCCAGUCUCCCGUCCUAGACAGCCCCAGUCCCUCUGAUUCACCGUUCCCCUCACCAGGCAGCGGGGGCAGCAUUGGAGGUUUGGGGCUCGGAGGAAGUGAAGGAGUCCAUCGGUCUGGUUCUUCCUCAUCCAGACCCAGGAGAAAACUCAAGCACUGCUCUGGCAGUUCCCCAAUCUAUUCACAACCAUACCAACCUCCACAGUCCCUCAGCUUGUCACUGGACCACAGGAGCCCCAGUCUGGACGAGAACCUAAAGGGCUCCCUACUCCUGUCACUACCAUCCCUGCCCACCGUGGGGUCUGGGGCCAUGUGGACCAAACACAGAGACACUGUCCAGGCCACCACUCCCGUCACUCCUGUCACCCCUACCACAGAUGCCCCUUGGCACUUUGGGGCAGAGGAGGGCGGUAAGGGAGAGAUAGAGCUGGGAGGAGGGGGGGUUGGACGGGGAGAAGAGUCAUCGGUGAGAUUUGGGAGCAGCUCGGCGUAUAUGGCGUUUGGGUGCAGCGAAGGUGUGCGGUUACGAGACAAAUCCCAGAGGGAGAAGCCCUCAGCAUCACAGUCACAGAGAGACCACCGGGACUCCAUGUCGUCGUCCACAGUGACCAUGUCCAACAGUGCGAACAACAGCGGGCCUGCAUCAGAGAAGCAAUUCAAGCGUCGCAGCUGUCAGAUGGAGUUCGAGGACGGCAUCUCCGAGACGCGGUCCCGAGAAGAACUGGGGAAAAUCGGGAAGCAGUCGAGUUUCUCUGGGAGCAUGGAGAUCAUUGAGGUAUCCUGACAGAUAAUGGACAUGAUCAGAGCUGUCCCUUGGGGGCAAAAAUGGACCUGAUCAGAGGGAGUGCAAGAAGAGGAUAUAUGACGGGAAGCAGAAGAGGCUUUUUUUGUGUGCUCCCCUCACAGACAGUGUUAAAGACUCCAACUGAGAGAAGGACAAAUAGAUACACAAGCAGAGCAUUAAUGUGAAAAGGUUAGCAAGUGACCUAGCAUUCGCACCUGGACAGAUGUGGUGCUUAGCAGACCACAACCAUCCUGAACUUUCAUACAAAUCUGAAGAAAAGUCUGCUUAGGGGGGUAAAGGGGGUGAUUGUAGGUACUGAAACUCUUCAUUUUUCUGAGCUCUGUCGCAGAUAAAAAGAAACAACCCAUGGCAAGUGUCAUGUUGCAUCCUUACUAUAUAGAAUAUACUUAUUUUGACAGAGUUCUGACACAAACUGCUUGCCUGCGGUCAAAUGUAGUGUGCUUCAGUGGAUGUAUAGCUUGUGAUUUGAACCAAGUCCCAUGUUUCCUCCCAGAGUUUCACCCCAGUGUCAGAAAGCCUCAGAACCUCUCACGGCUACGUCCGCCCCCCUUUCCAGUGGCUCUGCCUGCUACAGACUCUGCAUAACAACAUCAACAACAAUAACAGACUCCUUAACAGCACCGUCUCCUCACAUCAUCACAGCACAAGGCAGAGAGACUUAAUCUAAAGGCGGUACUGUAUCCAAACAAUGAAGGAUCCCCAGCAUUUUAUUGCUGAAAAGACUUAUGGGCAGCACCCCCACACACACACACCCCCCCCACCCCUAAAAAAAGCACAGUGUGUCUUUCCUCGUUCCCUUGUUUCCAGUGUUAACAGCGUGAUGGGACUGAGGUUUCGGGAUGGUGGCGAGGGUUGGUCCUUCAGCUCCUUUAUAGACCCCCCCAACCCGCUCCCACUGCUCCCAUGCACCAGAAAGGCUGACUACAGACAGACAAAUACUAUAUAUACAAUAUAAAUAUAUAUAUAGCAAUUUUAAUGGACUUCUAAUUGACUUUUUUGUUCAGUUAUAGUUUUAAUUUAUUGUAUUGGUUCAUUCUGGUAAUGAGAAAUAAUAUAAUGUUUUGUGGAUUUAUUUCUUUUUUCUUUUGUUGAAUUAUUAUUAUUAUUAUUAUUAUUAUUAUUAUUAUUAUUAUUAUUAUUAUUAUUAUUAUUAUUAUUUGCUGUAUGGUAUUUAUGAACACACUCAAACAAAUACACACAUUCAGCAAAUUCAAGCAAGCAAUAUGUGCUGUUCCUUCUUUGGGGAGAGUGAUGUAUGACUUUGAAAUGCACUUUUCCGCUUUCUUUCCCUCACACCUUGGCAACAUGAUACUCUGAAAGCCAAGUCUUUUGAGUUUUGAUAUAGUACAAGUAUAGAGCCUCUAUUUUGUGUUUGAAUCUGCAGUCUGUAUUCAUGGAUUUAUCACAAUUGAGGGCUCAAGCGUUAACUAUAAAAUAAUUGUUUUGUUAGACUGUGUGCAGAGGAAGUAGGCACACACAUUCUGAUGACUCGCAUACAGUAAACAUUUUCUGCCAGUGUGAUGAGGGCUUGCAUAACAACAACUAUAUUCAAACAGACGCACACUCUUUCACAAGUUUGAGAUUUAAAGACUUCCACCACCGAGUGUCUUCUCCGAGCCAGCACCAGUUCAUCAUCAUCAUAGCGUGUCCCACCAAAGCUGAAACCAACACACACACCCUAUACUGUAUGCACUUACACAUAUUUUCACAUAUGUAAAUCAUAGGCCCUACACACACCCUUUUGUUCAUUCUCAGGGGAUCUUUCAGUGAGCCAAGCCCGGCACAGGGUACACAGCUGCUGGUACAUCAGCACAAAGCUCCCUCGCUUUCUCUCUCUCUCUCUGUCUUUUUUUGCUCUUAUUUCUUAUUUUCCAAAGCUUUGAUAAAAACAACAUAACAAAAUGGAAAGGAAAAAAGAGGAUCUUCAUAUCUUGAGGUUAAAGAAAUGAAAACUUUGCUCUCCUGGUGCGAGAUAGUUAUUUAUUUAUAAUGUAAAAUGUGUUUGUUUUUCCUUUGACCCUUGAUUAGCUUUUCUCUCUUGUGAUCUCUGACUUUUGACCUUGGGCUGCUGCAGCUAAAGUAAGUUCAGAUAGAUUCCUAUGUUCCCCUGAGGCUCAAGCAACCUCUCCUCUCCUCACCCUCCUCCCUAUAUUUUUAAGAAAUGUUGUUAGAAUUAUUUAUGAUAUGUAACAAAGAUGAUGCAGGCUGUCCCAUUUGCUAAAAUUGUCGUUAUCGAAUAAUAAUAAUAAUUAUUAUUAUUAUUAUUAUGUUGUGUAAAUAGCAAUGCAUCUAAGAACACUGAUGAAUUUAGAUGAGUUUUUAAAAGAAAAUCCUGAUACCUUAGGCUGCUUGAUGCAAAAAUACCUCAGGUUCUAUUGAAAGGCUUUUCCUUCCCCUGUACAUGUUUUGUGAAAAUGAGACAAAAAUACAGACAUGACAAAAUACAAA